ACCGAUCAUGGCACAGAGGGGCCCAACUUCUACAUCCCCAUGUCCAACAGGACUGGGGUGGUCAGAAGUCCUUUUGAAUAUACCCAGUACUACCUGGCUCCUCCAUGGCAGUACUACUGUCUAGCUUUUUACGUAUUUUGCUUGAUUUGCACGGGAUUUCCAAUCAACUUUAUGACACUUGUGGUGACAAUACUUCACAAGAAGCUUCGUCAGCCUCUCAAUUUUAUUUUGGUCAACCUGGCUGUGGCUGGCUUGAUCAUGGUCCUCUUCGGCUUCACCAUCACAAUUACUUCGGCUCUUAAUGGAUACUUCGUUUUUGGAGCAACGGGCUGUGCAGUUGAAGGUUUUAUGGCUACUCUUGGAGGUGAAGUUGCUCUGUGGUCACUGGUCGUGUUGGCCGUUGAGAGGUACAUUGUCGUCUGCAAGCCCAUGGGUAGCUUCAAGUUUGGAACCACUCAUGCUGCAGUUGGUGUGGCAUUCACAUGGAUCAUGGCUCUUGCCUGUGCUGCCCCACCCCUCUUCGGCUGGUCCAGAUACCUCCCUGAGGGAAUGCAGUGCUCCUGUGGCCCUGAUUAUUACACCCUCAACGCGGAGUUCAACAAUGAGUCCUACGUCAUCUACAUGUUUGUCUGCCAUUUCAUCAUCCCUGUCUUCAUUAUCUUCUUCACAUACGGAAGCCUUGUCAUCACAGUGAAAGCGGCUGCAGCUCAGCAGCAGGACUCAGCCUCCACCCAGAAGGCAGAGAAGGAAGUGACACGCAUGUGCUUCUUGAUGGUGAUUGGCUUCCUGAUUGCCUGGACUCCUUAUGCCAGCUUUGCUGCCUGGAUCUUCUUCAAUAAGGGAGCUCAGUUCUCAGCACAGUCCAUGGCUAUUCCUGCCUUCUUCUCAAAAUCAUCAGCCUUGUACAAUCCCGUCAUCUAUAUUGGGCUCAACAAACAAUUCCGUGGAUGCAUGAUGCAGACAGUCUUUGGCAAGGCACCAGAAGAUGAGACUUCAGUGUCCCAGAGCAAGACAGAAGUAUCCUCGGUAUCUCCAGCAUAAGCAUCACAUUUGCGCAAAUGUAUUUGUGUUUCUGGAUGAUUGCAAUAAUGUCUAAUGACUCGGAUUAAGUUGAACAUUUCGUUUGGGCUCUCUGUCACCUCAGUGGGUCCUGUGGACUGCAUUGUAAAUUGCAUUUAAGUCAGUUCUUGGCUCUUUUAAACAACCUCAAGAAGUCAAGAAGCAAAAUCAAA